GUCUGAGAGUGCAAAGAAUCUUUGCUUACUGAAAUGCAGCAUCUAUCCAUAGCCUUUCUGUGCACGCUGGCCAUUCUACGCUCCGCAUUCUCCGUGGUGGAAUUUACCGUCGUGUUGUCGGUUCCCUUACUGGAUGAAAGCAAUUCCCUGCACGAUGCUCCGGAUUCAACUAAUGCAUGCGAGCUGCUGAAAUCACGCGGCAGGACACAAUGGGAUUCCGGAUUGUUCACUGGAUGCAUCACGUAUGGACUCAUGCUGGAACGUACGACGCCAGCUUACGAAAUGCAAAUUACCAUGAAUGAGACGAAAUUCCCGUGGGAUUACAACAGUCUUACGGUGUAUGAACGAGCGUGGGAAGUAAAUCGGCUGCUCAACAUGAAUGCCAGUGGUUGUUCGACCAUCGUCACAACCGGGGAGGUACAAGAUGUCUACGGAUCUGCGCCAGUCAUGGAUUCCGCCGUAAAUGUAUCUUUCAUACUGAUUGGACCGGCGGAUCGCGACACUUGCAGUGAGGUCACUAGCAAGAGGGAAUACGCUAGUGGGCACUUUAUGGUCGAAAACUGCACCCAAAUUGAAGUAAGCGUUGCUCACACGUCAUCUAACACCCGGUUGGCACGUUACAAAUUGAUUGUGAACCCGUAUUCAUUGUUCUUCAAUCCUUCGGAUUAUUCACUUCCAUUCGUGGCCGAGUUAAAUGGAGAUUCUUGCAGAUACAAUGGAUAUUGGCCUCCAGUUCAUUCGUGGCAACACACAAAUCUUGACGAAUAUCCUCUCCUGUAA